GGUAUUACAAAUUAAAUUAAAAAGUUUGAACCGUUUAAAUUUUGUUUGUUGUUUCAGUUUGACUUUGACUUGACACUUUGCUUGACAUUUUUUCAUUCAUCAAUGAUUAACGAAUUCAACGACCUACAAAAUUGUAAAAGGUCGAUCUUACUGAAUAAAAAACCGUCCCGAUUACCUGGACGGCUAGGUUCAGCUAUAUUUCAAAUCAAAAAUGUUGCGAACUUUUGUUGCACCGACUCGAGUUUUAAACAGUGGACUGAAGAAAGCUGUACGAUCCAAUAUCACGAGAUGCAUAAGCACAGAAUUGGCAAGGAGGAAACACUCAAAUAAAUUAUUAUCAAAUUCAAAAUGCAAGACAGUACCAAUAACGCUACAAUGGAAUUCUGCAACCAGGCAAUAUUCAAGUUUUCCAUCACAUAUAAAAGUGAACCUUCCAGCUCUGUCUCCUACUAUGGAAAGUGGGUCUAUAAUUAGCUGGGAGAAGAAAGAAGGUGACAAACUCAAUGAAGGUGACCUGCUCUGUGAGAUUGAAACUGACAAAGCCACAAUGGGUUUUGAAACUCCCGAAGAGGGGUAUUUAGCAAAAAUAUUGAUACCAGCUGGUACAAAAGGUGUACCAGUGGGCAAGUUGCUGUGCAUCAUUGUGGAGAGUCAGGCGGAUGUUUCAGCAUUUAAGGACUUCAAAGAUGAUUCCCCUGCCCCGACACCAAAGGCGGCAGAAAAAGCAGAAAAACCGGCAGCCGAAGCACCCGCCCCUGCGUCGGCACCCGCCUCGAAGGGCCCGAAGGCUCCUGCGGCCGCUCCAGUGGCUCGUCCUGCCCCAUCAGCCCCCGCCCCUGCCGCAGAAGGUAGGGUCUAUGCCAGCCCCAUGGCCAGAAGGUUGGCCGAACUCAAGAAAAUUCGUCUCGGAGGGCAAGGUUCUGGACUAUAUGGGUCACUGAAGAGCGGCGAUCUCGCAGGCGCACCGGCGGCGGAGGCUGACGCUCCUGCAACGGUUCAGGCUCCCACGCCCGGACCAGGGGCCUCUUACGUGGACAUCCCGCUGUCUGGUAUGCGGGAGACCAUCGCGAAGCGUCUCAGCAAUGCAAAGCAGACCAUACCCCAUUAUCAGCUUACUAUGACUGUGAAUGUUGAAAAGACAAUAGCGUUGAGGAAAAAAGUCAAUGAAAGGCUCGAGGAAGAGAAAGCUGGUGUAAAGGUUUCAGUUAAUGAUUUCAUAGUGAAAGCAGUAGCAGCAGCAUGCAAGAGAAUACCAACAGUUAACUCGUACUGGCAGGAUACAUUCAUAAGACAAUUUUCAAAUGUGGAUGUUAGUGUCGCUGUGGCCACGCCAGCUGGCCUAAUAACCCCGAUAUUGUUCAACGCUGAUUCGCGAGGCAUCAUCGACCUCUCCAGAUCUAUGAAAGAAUUAGCACAGAAAGCAAAAGAUGGGAAAUUACAACCACAGGAAUACCAAGGCGGCACUGUAACUGUUUCAAAUCUUGGAAUGUAUGGUAUUACAAUGUUCAAUGCUAUCAUCAACCCUCCACAAUCAUUAAUAUUGGCGUGUGGUGGUCUGCAAGACAUGGUUAUUGCCGAUAAGAGUAUUCCAGAAGGAUUCCGGACGGCGAAAUUCAUCUCAUUCACUGCAUCGGCGGACCACAGAGUGAUUGACGGCGCGAUCGGCGCGCAAUGGAUGAAAGAAUUUAGAAAAAACCUUGAAGACCCCGCCUAUAUUAUAAUGUAGAAAUGGAAUUGACUAACAACAAAUAGGAAUUUGAUGAUUAAUUAGAAUAAUAUCUAACAGUUUUUUACUUAAUUGCCUAUGAAGGAUGUUAUCAGAAAUGUAUACAUUGAAGUCGGCUAGAAUUGUGUUGACUAAGUCAAAUACUUUUCUAAUGUGUAUAUUUGUACAGUUAAAUUGAGAUUAGAAUAUUUCAGUACAUCGUCAAUUCGUAUCGCCCUCAUAAUUAAAAAAGACAAUAAUUGUAAUGAUUGAAUAUUUAGGUGUUUUCAAUAUUUUGUUAAAAAGCGGAGGAUAAGCCACUUAGAGAUUCCAUAUUCAAAAUCAGAUAUGUAUUUUUUUCUCUAAUUACAUUGUUGUAUUUCCCAAUUGGUAUAUUUUCAUCAUUGUGAGUACAAUUUAUAAAUAAACAGUGUGUUACAGUAAAGUGAUUCCAUAAAUUAUUGUAAGUUACUUAAAUAUUAAAGUUUGUGUGUUUGUCCUUCGUGAGUUACUAACAUUUGAUUGUUUGAUCUGUUCUACUUACUACGAAGGACGUGCGGUUGUUAAAGUUGUUAAGUGAUUAUUUAUUUAGUAAACUAAGUAAUGAACGUACAAUGAAUGCAUAACCAAUGAUGGUGGAAUAAUGUAAAAAAUAUAGUUUUAUUUAGUUAUCAAUAGUAAUUUCUUGUUAGAUGUUUGUUGUAAAUGAUAUAAUAAAGAGAGACUUUACCUCCUUUGUGAUGUGUAACAUGAAGGCAAAAUAUUUAUUUACAAGUGACUUGGUCAAACUAUACGCAUUUUGUGAUAUUCAUAAGUAUCGGCUAUUG